AUCAGGUGCAGCCUUGUGGAAACGUUACAAAUGGACGCGCUCGCCAUUAUUUUUUUAUUCAUCUCGAAAUCGGGGCGAAGAUGAAGCUGUUCGUGUUAAUUUUAAGCGCAAUUGCCUUAACGUUUCAGGAUGGCGCUGCCGUUUCCGAGUCGGGCAUUGAUCCAAGAGCCAACUGCUUCCAAGUGCUGAAGCGCAAAACAACUACGCGUACAACUGCCAGAACGACGACGACAACGGCGACUACGACGACGACUACAACGGCAGCCAGCAGUCCUUCUUCUGAGGAGGUAACCACGCCGCCGCCGACAACUGACGCCUCCACGGCGCCGCCAGCCGAAACUUCGCCUCCAGCUGAAACUUCAGCGCCAGAGGAAACCUCUGCGGCCGAAACGACAACGGUGGCGCAAGCGGAAAGUGAAGCACCCUCGGAAGGCACCACAGUCUUAUUAGACGGCGAGGAAGAGGAACCAUAGCGAGUGGCGACACUGUAGCGUUUUGAAACGGUGCCAGAUUCCUCCCUGUAUUGGAUGUGUGCAUUAGAGUCUUUUUUUUG